GUUGCAGUGCCUGAGCUUCAAGGUGAGCCUGAGGAUAUCUCCAAAGAGAAGGCUCGUUUAGCUGCUCUUCAGGUGAAUGGUCCAGUCUUAGUGGAGGAUACAUGCCUCUGUUUCAAUGCUCUGAAGGGGCUUCCUGGGCCAUACAUCAAGUGGUUUCUUGAGAAGCUUGGACAUGAAGGUCUGAACAACUUACUGAUGGCCUAUGAAGAUAAAUCAGCUUAUGCAUUGUGCGCAUUCUCUUUCUCGCAUGGUCCAGGUGCUGAACCUCUUACAUUUUUGGGGAAAACUCCGGGUAAGAUAGUUCCAGCAAGAGGACCAACUGAUUUCGGGUGGGAUCCAGUUUUUCAACCUGAUGGAUAUGACCAAACUUAUGCAGAAAUGGCCAAGGAAGAAAAGAACUUGAUAUCUCAUAGGUACAAGUCAUUAGCAUUGGUGAAAUCGCACUUUAAGGAGGCAGGCUAUGUGUUUCAGAAAGAUGAUGAUACCAUUUAAGAGAUCUCAAUCAUCAAUGUAUCCAGCUUUUAGAGAUUUGAGCACUGAUCACUCACUGUUCCUAUAUUAAGCUCCUUUGGGGAUAUUAAUAUUGUAUUUUUUUUCUCAAAUACAAGUAUUGUUCAUGGUGUUCUCAAACCCAUGCAUGGAUUGAAAGGCAUCGUUUGGUAGUA